AUGUCGGUAAUUCUUGGAGACCACCUGGUUUCGACCGGGGAAAUUACAUCGCCAACAUCGUUCUUGCCCCAUGUUAAUGCAGUUAAUGCAGUGGAGGAUUUGAAAGCAGUCAGCACGACUGUAGAAAUUGGGACUGAGGUAUCUUCGGACUUUCUCAGGCGACGAGCCUACUGGGAGACCACCAAGCGCGUGCUUGCACAGGCAGUCAAUGAAGAGUUAGUCGUCGGCACUCUCGAGACAACAGCUCGAUCCAAAUGGUUGCUCUUGCGCGCACCCAAGCCAGAAGCCAUUGCUGGGUACGAUGGUACCUGGAUCAAGUGUGGCGUCCGUGCUGACGCCUAUGUUGAAACGGACGGCGCGAGGAUCUUUGGUUUCUUGCGAGCCGAAGACUUGCUCACUCCCGUGCUGCUCGGACGCACAGCGGUCGAAGCUGUCGAAGAGCUUGACCCAGAAGUGCUGUGUCGCAUCAUUUGCAGUUGGCAGCCUGAAUUGGCUCAAAACGGGGGAGGAGCCACGCUGGUUGGAGAAAUCAAAAAUGCUAGAGAUAACCAGGCCCCCUUGAAGCCUGUCGUGCCAGACGACAUCCCGGAAAUGCUAUCUCCUGAACUCACGUUCCUCUCCAUUCCCAGAUCGGAAAUGAGAGUUACUGGACCCUUUGAGCAGCUCCUGGAGCCGCUUCUCAGCUCACUCGAGAUCCCCAAGGCCGAAAAUCCUGAUCGAAUCACUGUGCCAUGCUUCACACGCCAGCUGCCAAGUAUCUUGCCCUUGUACCCUCAAGCCCGCCGUCUAAAAAGUGUCCCCAACUGUUGCCGCGCUCAGAUCUCAAUGCGCAGUCUCUCAUUCAACCCCGAGACCAACUUUCCUCAUCACAUCAAGAUGUCACUGUUUGUUCAAAUCACCUCUGGUCUGAGGAACGUCAAGCCCUGGGGAGCAGUUCUGGGUCCUGUUCUUGGUAAAUUACUACCAAAGUUGCUUCCAGAAAAUGUAUGGAUGCUUGAGGAACCUGCAUCUGUUACAGGCGCACAGGAGGACUUUAAAGAUGCGGGUCAAAUAUCGGCUGUCAUCCGAACUCUGCCAAAACAACUGGCCGACAAUCCCGACGAGGUGCUUAUUCCCGGUGCCGGGCUCUACCAGAAGCCAUUCAACGAGGAUCAAACAUACAUGGAGAUCCUCUUUGGUCUUGAUGACCUGAAGAAGAGACAAGAUUGGUUUAGGAAGUAUGCUGCCCUAUUGUUCUCUGCACUGAUGCCCCCGUUAGUUCGCUACGGGCUUGGCUUCGAAAGCCACCUUCAGAAUGUCCUUGUCCGUGUCAAUUUCAAGACAAAGGAGCUCACCGGGUUCGCUAUCCGCGAUUUUGAGGGAACUAGAAUCCAUUACCCUACGUUCCUCCGCUCAGGGUAUGAACUCAAUGAGCUUCCUGCGGGCUCUCCACAUCUUUCCGACACCGCACGUAAGCCAUGGAACAAAGUGCACCAUUCCAUCAUUCAGGAUAAUGUGAGCCCGAUCUUGCAUAUAUUGGGUUUGGAGGCCCACGGAGGCUGGUUGAUCGUUCGGGAAGAGUUGGAACGAGUGCUGAACCCUGCCGAGGAUCCCGAUGCACGAGGCCUGUGGGAAUAUUUCACCCAGGAGAAGAUGUCGAUUCCCCGAUUCAUGGGAAUGCGAUUGAUCGGCCGCUAUGUUGAGAGCCAUGAGAUUGACGUGCCGAACUUUGUUCUUCGGAAGUGA